CGCUGUGUCUCCCGCGCCGCUUCCCUCCCUCCCCGGGGAUGUUCCCCUAAAUUUUAUGGAGGGAGUUACGGGGAGAGGGAGGACCCUGCGGUGUGCAUGCGGCGCGUUGUCUCCCACCGCGCAUCGCUUCUCCCUCCCGUGAAAGACAAGUGGAACAGCUCAGGAGGAAAAGCGGCGUGAGGCGGGGGGACUGCGCGGUGGCGCUUACCCCCUUUUACGCAGCGUGGUACAACCCGCAAGCGCUGGUGGAGCUAGGAGGAAGAAUUCAACUUGGAGAGAAAAAGGGGGGGUUAGAGGCACAACUUAGUGGCUGUGAGGGGGUGCGCGCAUGCGGGGGACCGGAGCGGAGACAAAGGCGCCGCCGCGCCCCCCCCCACCCCAUCCCCGCAUCCCUCCCCGGUUAUAACGCGCCCCCCAUUCCCAUGGAUGUGGGGGUCGCCCCAUGCCCGGGGGGGAGCCGGAGGAGGGCGGGGGAAUGGCGGGAGGGCGGCGGGCAGCCGGAGGAGGAGGUGGAGGCAGCAGCGCAUCACCCGGGGGGGUGUCGGUGAAGAUGUCGCUUCGCCGCGCCUACUCCAUCAAGGACAAGCUCCAGGCCAUCGAGAGGGUGAAGAAGGGCGAGCGCCAGGCGUCGGUGUGCCGGGCUUUCGGGGUGCCGGGGGGCACGCUCAGGGGGUGGCUGAAGGACGAGGCGAAGCUCCGCUGGUUCCUGGAGCAGCUCGGCGGCGAGGUGGGCACCCAGCGCAAGAAGAUGCGCUUGGCCAACGAGGAGGAGAUCGACCGAGCCGUCUACGCCUGGUUCCUCGCCCUGCGCCAGCACGGCGUCCCGCUCUCCGGACCCCUCAUCCARGCGCAGGCGGAAGCCUUCGCCCGGCAGAUCUACGGGCCCGAAUGCACCUUCAAGGCGAGCCACGGCUGGUUCUGGCGGUGGCAGAAGCGCCACGGCAUCUCCAGCCAACGCAUCUACGGUGAGGGCGGCCUCCCCGCCGAGCCCGAGCGMGCUCCGGCCGCCCGCGCUGAGGUCCUGCCCGACGCCGGCGGCUACGGGGACGAGCAGAUCUACAACGCCAACAUCACCAGGCUCUUCUGGAAGCUUCUGCCCGGUGCCAGCAUCACGGCGAGGCGGCGUCCGGCCCGUGGCGAGCGCGUCACCGUGCUGCUGGCUGCCAACUUGACCGGCUCCCACAAACUCAAGCCCUUGGUGGUCGGGGCUCUCCGCGAUCCCGCCAGCCUCCGGCAUCACAAUCAGGAGAAAUUCCCGGCUUGCUACCGCUACAGCCCCGAGGCCCGGCUGGCGCCGGCGCUUCUGCGAGCUUGGUUCUUCGAGGACUUUGUGCCGGGCGUCAAGCGGUACCUGCGCCGGAGCUGCCUGCAGCAGAAGGCCGUGCUGCUGCUCAGCUCCGCUCCGUCCCGUUCUGGAUCGGGGGCUGAGGAUUCCCCACCGCUCCAAACUCCCGAUGGGUCCAUCCGUGCGCUUUUCCUCUCCAAGGCUCCCACCGGGAGCGGCUUGGCCGGAGCGGGAGGCCGAAUCCCGGCGCCUCUGGAGCAGGGKGUGGUGUCGGCCUUCAAGCAGCUCUACAAGCGGGAGUUGCUGCGCUUGGCCGUGUCCUGCGGCGGCCCAGGCGGUCCCRCGGACUUUGUGCGCUCUUUCCUCCUCAAAGACAUGUUGUACCUGGCUGGCCUCUCCUGGGAUCUCAUUCCGCCCGGAUCCAUCGAGAAGUGCUGGCUGCUGGGGCUGCGCGCYGCCUUUGAGCCCCAGCCCGGCGAGGAGGAGCAUGGGGACGCCACGGGAGGGGAGGAAGGUGGAGGGGACAGCAAGGUCUUCAGUGACCUCACCCACUUGGCCGCCUUGGCCUUCAAGCGCUUGGCUCCCGAGGAAGUGUCCGACUGGUUGCACUUGGACGAUGCUGCUCCAGGCGUGGAGGAGGACGAUGGUGGCGAGGAGGAUGCUGGGGAGGAAGGCRSCGAGGGCUGUGGGGUGGAYGAGGAGGAGGAGGAGGAGGAAGCAGCUGGUGGCAAAAGGAGUGGGGAAGGAGGAGAUCCUUUGCUGCCCACGGCUCGGGAAGCCAUCCAGGGUCUGGAGACGGCGCUGCGCUGGCUGGAGGGACAGGAUCCCCAGGAAGUGGGGCCGCUGAAGCUGGUGCAGCUCCGCUCCCUCAUCUCCAUGGCGCAGCGGCUGCACCACRGCCGCAGCCCCCAGUCCUAGGGCAGAGCCAACCCCUGCUUUUUGGCUACCAACACCCCCUGGUUGGCCACAGAGCUUGGGACACCCAGGUUGUCCCAGGGAGAUGGCGGUGGAGAUGCCCCUUACUCCUCUGUGACUGUGAUUCCCUGGGGAUCAGGAAGCCCAGGCGUCUGUGGGUCACAAUUUAGGGGAUUUUUGUGCAACAACUCGAGUUCCAGGGUUGUUCCUCACCUAAAUAUAUUUAGGAGGUGCUAUUUUUUACAUCCCAUGUGGCCCCUAGUCAGUGACACUGCCCGAGGGGGAGUGGAUGCCCCCAAAAAUUGCCCUGUCCCUGCAAUACUAUGGGGAGAAUGGGUGAGAGAAGGACCUGCUUGGUGUCACCAGAAUGAUGGGGGAUGUACAAAUUCCCCAAAUCUCAGAGUAGGGCCGAGGUGGGAACAUCUAGCUGGAAUCCAGCUCCUGAGAUGCUGYAGGGAAAAUAUUCCACUUUAGAAGAGGCUGGUAACGCCCUUCCCACUGCUGAAAUACAAUCCUAUUAAACCAGGAUGAUUUGGGGCUGAUUUAAGACAUCUUCCAUCAUGCACUGGAUUGGGAAAGGGACACUUGGGUGGCAUCCACGAAGCUGCAGCUCCCCGGAGAGGGUCACCUUCAUUUCCAUCAUAGCUGGGAACACCUGGACCAUGGAAACCUGCUGAACCAGGUAGCAUCAUCCCAGCAUCCUCAUGAAGCUGAAGGCUCCAGGUAUGGGGUUUGAGAUGUUCCCCAUGGGGUUUGUGUGGUGGCCGGGGCUGGAGAACACAUCUCAGUGAGCUGAGGUUGGAGCAGGGAGGGCUCCUGGCACUGCCUUGGGAUACUGGAGGCAUCUGAUAGGAAUUUAACAGCUCUUGACCUGAUUUGUUUGAAAUUUUAGUUUUUAGCCAAAUUCUUGGAAGAGGAAAAUAAAAUUAACUCCUCAAUGCUGCCGUGCCCCGUGUCAGCAAGUGGGUGGGGGUUUUUACUUGUUGGGUCUUUGUCUCCUCACUGCAGAGUUUAUGGAAAUUAAAUGGAUUUUUAUUCCCACCUGGAGGUUGUUGUCUGUGAACUGUCAUGUGGAGCCCUCCCAGAGGGAUUUGGGGUGGCACCAGGGGGACUUUCAUGGGGUUAUGUCUUCUCAAUGUGGUCUUUUCCAGACCAAUGGGUUGUAAUCCUAUAAAACAAUGUUUCUGUUUAUUUUUAUCAUCUUUUGCACCA